AUAUAUGAUAAGAAUUAGGGUUUCUGGAGCGGACGAGGUCAAGUUGAAGAAGACUGGGAGAGGUAAACGAGUGCACGCCAUGGGGAGAAGACCUGCAAGGUGUUACAGGCAAAUUAAAAACAAGCCUUAUCCAAAAUCCAGAUUUUGUCGUGGUGUCCCCGAUCCCAAGAUCAGGAUCUAUGACGUUGGAAUGAAAAAGAAGGGUGUGGAUGAAUUUCCAUUUUGCGUUCACCUAGUGAGUUGGGAGAAAGAAAAUGUGUCCAGUGAAGCUUUGGAAGCUGCUAGGAUUGCCUGCAACAAGUAUAUGGCAAAGUUUGCUGGGAAGGACGCAUUCCAUUUGAGAGUCAGGGUGCACCCCUUCCAUGUUCUUCGAAUUAACAAGAUGCUUUCAUGUGCUGGGGCUGAUAGGCUCCAGACCGGUAUGAGAGGUGCUUUUGGCAAACCACAAGGAACCUGUGCAAGAGUGGCCAUUGGUCAGGUUCUUCUUUCAGUUCGGUGCAAGGACAGUAACAGCCAACAUGCACAGGAGGCCCUCCGUCGUGCCAAGUUCAAAUUCCCUGGUCGCCAGAAGAUCAUUGUCAGCAGGAAGUGGGGUUUCACUAAAUUCAGUCGGGCCGAUUAUCUGGCUUACAAGGCAGAAAACAAAAUUCUUCCUGAUGGUGUUAAUGCCAAGCUUCUUGGAUGCCAUGGGCCUUUAGCUAAUCGUCAACCUGGAAGAGCAUUUCUACCUCAAACUGCCUAAGAUCAGCUAGUUAUUUCGUUUUUGUCAAUUGCAGUUCUUUUUUGGUCGAUUUUGACACUUGAACAAGUCUUUAUUAUCAUAUUUUGUUUGUAUUAAACCUCAAAUUAAUUCUGGCAGUGUUUUAUCGAUCUAUUAUGAUGGGGGAUAUAUCAAGAAUCUUGGUUUUUAAGGCAAAAA